UGCGGUCACUUCUACGACAAGGAUUGCGUUCUGGAUCUCUUCCAGGCCGCAACCCGCGACGAAUCCUUGUUCCCACCUCGCUGCUGCCGACAGCACAUAUCCUUCGACGCGGUCCGCCCGCAUAUGGAGAGCGCGCAAGUGAAUGCUUUCUUGGAGAAGCGCAAGGAGUUCAGCACCAUGAAGAGGGUGUACUGUGCCGCACCCGCUUGCAGCACGUUCCUCGGGGCUCAGAAAUCUCAGGGUACCAUCUACGAGUGUAACUCCUCGACAUGCAAGACCCGCACGUGCUCUUUCUGCAAAGCGAAGGUGGACGAACUUGCCCACAUCUGCAAGAAGAACGACAGCGAGGCAGAAGUCCUCAGCGUCGGACAAAGGGAGGGCUGGACUCGCUGCCCUGGCUGCGAACAGAUGAUCGAACUCAUUAUCGGAUGCUACCACAUGACAUGCCGAUGCAAAACCGAGUUUUGCUACUUGUGCAGGGCAAGGUGGAAGACUUGUUCUUGCCCGCAA